GGACAUCUUCCCCUUAUAAGGACUCUGCCCAAACGAUCUGUCGCCUCCAUUACCUUCCCGACCUCACGACCCUUCUUGCGGCGGCGCCGGCGUCCGAUACCGGCGUUGAGCGGGGGAGGCACCGUCAGCCAUGGUGCACGUUAACUUCUACCGCAACUAUGGUAAGACUUUCAAGAAGCCAAGGCGUCCAUAUGAGAAGGAACGUCUUGACGCAGAGCUGAAACUGGUGGGUGAGUAUGGCCUGAGGUGCAAGCGUGAGUUGUGGCGCGUGCAAUAUGCUCUCAGCCGCAUCCGUAAUGCUGCGAGGGAGCUGCUCACCCUUGAUGAGAAGAGCCCCCGUCGUAUCUUCGAGGGUGAAGCUCUACUGCGCCGCAUGAACCGCUAUGGUCUCCUUGCUGAGGACCAGAACAAGCUUGAUUACGUGCUUGCGCUCACUGUUGAGAACUUCCUUCAGCGUCGCCUCCAGACAAUUGUCUUCAAGAAUGGCAUGGCAAAAUCCAUCCAUCAUGCUCGUGUUCUCAUCAGGCAACGCCAUAUCAGAGUUGGAAGGCAGCUUGUCAACAUUCCCUCAUUCAUGGUGAGAGUUGACACUGAGAAGCACAUUGAUUUCUCUCUCACCAGCCCACUUGGUGGUGGAGAGCCUGGAAGGGUCAAGCGAAAGAACCAGAAGAAGGCUUCUGGUGGUGGAGGCGGUGAUGGUGAUGAGGAGGAAGAGUGAACAUGUGAUGUAGGACCCUGAUUUUGUUGCAUUAGUCGGAAGAAAUUUUGUCCGCCAACUGUUGUCUAGAAUUGUUCCCAAUUCUUGAAUCCAUCCUUGCAGUAGACUUGGUUUGAUAUUUCAAGUUUUGUCGUACAAUGAACAUGUGAAAUGGGAUUUCAGUUGCACAAUGCUUACCUGUUUGCCUA